ACGAAGGAGGAAAGAAAGCUCGAACCAGAGACAGUUGCGAUUACCGAUAUCUCCACAACUCUCGUUCAAACACAAUUCACGCUGAUUUCCGUCGGCUACCCGCGCCGCGAGUGGACAUCGUUCAUUUUCAACCGUGGUUUCGACGAAUUUAGCUACAGUGUCGUCGCGAAAACCAGUGUCACCUGGUGCACGACGGUGAACGAUCCUGGUGAUAUGAGUCCGUUGAUCAACAACGUCGACAAAGGUUAAAAAUCGUGUCAAUGUCAGAGCGUUGCCACCGUGUGCGAUUGAUGGAAACACGGUUCGCGACCACUGUCUCACUUGGGAAUUUAGAAUCGAUUAACAUCGAAGAAAGAUCCAUACUGGCAUGUUGCUUGAUAACGAGCCGAUAGUUUUCGAGGGAUCUCUCCAUCUUAUUUUCUCUUUGGGCUUCGAUAGCUGAUGCGGAGGAAAUACUGACAUGUAAAGUUCUUUGUGUUGAUAUUGAUCACAGACAGAACGCAAAAUAUGACGGUAGCCAAACCCAAUGGAACGACAACAAUGGGAACGACAACGAAUACUUUUAUCGAGGACGAGAAGAAGCUUCAAAACAACGCGUUAUUACCGCACAAGGAAGAAGAAGACGAUGACGAUGAUGAUGAAAUCACGUUAGAAGAUUUAGCUCCCGAUGGUGGUUGGGGAUGGAUCGUUGCUUUUGCCAUGAUUGUAGUGUUCAUUACAACAUUUGGACCGACAGCAUCUUUUGCUAUAAUAUUCGGUGAUUUUCUUGAAGCAACAGGUCAGGCUGGUACAGCGAUGACACUUUUCAAUUCCAUUUUUAUGGUAACAUUUUCCAUCGCUGGUUUAAUGACCAACACAUUACUAAAAAGAUAUUCGAUGAGGCCAGUAGGUGUGAUUGGUGCAGUGUUUUUCUCGGUACCAAAUGUGGGCCUAGCUUUCGUCACAAACGUGUACGAGAUGGCUUUCAUAAAUUUUCUCCAAGGCUUGGGUCUCGGUCUGAUCGUUACCAUCUGCAACACGAAUUUCAACGCUUAUUUUGUGAAGAAAAGAGCACCGGUAAUGAGUGCGGCUCAAGUCAUUGUGGGCUUAGGUGGAAUUGCUUAUCCUAUAUGCAUAGAAAAGAUGAUGAAAGCGUAUGGUUUUCGAGGAACUGCGUUAAUGACAGGAGCCAUGAGCUUAAACUGCAUCGCAGGUAUGACAAUGAUGCAUCCGGUCGAGUGGCAUGCAAAAAAACCGGAAGAAGUACGUGCCGAGAGGGCACGUCAGAGGGAAGAACAGAAAUUCCGGGGAAUGGUAGUUGUAGAUCGUCGUUUUAGCGAUUUUCUUCAUGUCCCUGCGAAAACAAGAUGGAGUAGCUUAACUAGUCUCAAGGGUGAAAGCGCUAAACAGGUUCCGCUUUUAAUUGAAUCAUUAAAAGCUCCUGCAAAGAGAGUAGCAUCAAUUUCUGAAUUAGAAGAUAGAAUUCGCAAUCGAAUGAAGUCUGGAUCAAUGCGUGAGCUGUUAACCAGACGGUUGUCAACAUUUUCGUCAUCAAGCUUGGUUAACUUAGUGACAGGCAUUGGUGGUGUAGGAGAUAUAAGGCAGCAUCAUUCGGAAAAAAGCAAAGAGAAACGAAAAGAGAAAGGAGUUCAAGUAUCUAUGAAGGAAGAGGAGGCUGGGAAAAGUCAAUUACAAGAAAUUUUUGGCGAUCUUCUGGAGAUAUCACUGUUGAAGAAUUGCGGUUUCAUGAACAUUUGUUUGGGUAUCAGUUUUGUCUUAACUAGUGAUUUCAUAUUUUCCUGUUUAUUACCACUGAUGAUAACUAACAGUGGUUACACGAAAAGUGAGGCAGCUCUAGCAAUCACUAUAUGUGCAGCUGCAGAAUUGGUAUCCAAAGUAUUGCUUGCAAUUUUCACUUUGGUUGUGAAGGUUAAAGCGAAAUACUUAUUCUUCAUCGCCAUGAUCUGCAUGGCGUUCGCAAAAGCUGGCUACCUGUUAUACAGUGAAACUUUAGUAGGCACGUUUGCGAUGAUAGCCGUUAUCGGAAUCGUUAGAUCAUGGUUAUUAGUUCCCCAACCAUUGGCCAUCAUAGAAGAUAUCAGUAUUGAUAAAUUUGCCUCGGCGUACGGAAUUUAUGGUGGUAUUAGCGGUGUGACUUCUAUAUUAUGUGGUCCGAUCGUUGGGUUGUUGAAGGACUGGACCAACAGCUUUGUGGUCUGUCAGCUCGCUCUUAUAUUAAUGAACGUCCUGUUCGUUAUUCCAUGGGCAAUACAGUUCCUUUCAGUAGGUUUACCAAAGAGGGGGAAGGAACGAGCGGAUAAAAUUGCCGCCCAAACUUCCGGUUCCCUUUCUGCAGAUUGACGCUAACGGAGAGAGAAGGAGAAAGACCUUGUGCGUAAAGCACGUUUCUACUAUUUAACAUUAGGAAUCCUUUUGUACAAAUAGAAGAUCAAAAUACUUGUUUGACGAUGCUUUUACCAAAGUAUGAAUGUUCUUUGAAUGAAAGCUACUGUAAAUUGGCAAGUACUGGACAGCAGAAAGUAACCCUCGAAUGGCGGAUCAAAUAUUCCACAUUUCUUUAAUUCUCAGACACUGAAAUUUUUAAACGAAAGAUUGUCAUACAUUUAAAAAGUAUUUAAACAGAUAGUAUGAAACUUAUGAAAUCAUUUGAAAUGAUAAACUUAGAAAAUGAUAAAUUAUAUUUCAAAAGUAAAUUCAAGUUUGAAAAUAUUUAAUUAAGAAAUAUCGGACUUCGUGAUGCAAGGGUUAAUACAGCGACAGAAGAAACGUACAAAUUUGUUUUUUAGUAUGAUAAAUAAUGAAUUUAGAUAUUUUAUCGAGCGAAUCAGUUGAAAUUAGUACCGUCAUUUUUUUACUAAUUAAAUAUUUGAAAAGUUGCGAUUGGAGAAGUUUGCAAAGUGAACAGUGAUAUAUUGAAUGUAUAUAAGUGAAUAAUUUAAUAACA